GCUGCGACAGUCACUCUUUCCAGUCGGUGGAUGGUGGUGGUGGAUAGACACCAGGGGACGAGCAAACCUGAGGAGGCUGUGAACGGCAAACCACUCACAACUGGCACGCUGCGUGGUCUCAGCCGAUGUGUUUUUCCUGCUGUAAUGAUCGGAAGCCGUCCUGUGACGUCCAGAAAAACACGGACUUGGAUUGGAGGCUGCUCUGCCGAAGCUAGUGCAUGCUAGUGGUGGGAAAUCCACGAAACGAAUCGGCGUUUACCUCCGGCGUUAGCUUCUUCUUGGAUACCCGGGCGACGGGAGUCGCCGGAGAGGCCCGCUGCGUUGCGCUACCUUCACAUUUCAAGUCGCCCGCCUUCCAUCUCUUCUCUGUCCCUGGCUCCGUCGGUGGUUCAGCAGCACUUCAAAGUCUGCAGCGCUGCAGAUAACACUUGGUACCCUCUACCCCCGAGCAGAGGCAGAUUCCAGAGCCCCUACCAAGUCCCUUGACUGACAGAAAGAACCAGCCCUCGGAGCAGGAACCUGGAGUGAAGAGAGGACCAACUGUGGCCUGAACAAAGACAGACAGAGGGAACUAAUGUCAAGCCCUUCUCCUCUUCAGACAGCCUAGCGAAGGUCCAGGAGGUAGCAAGCUGGCUUUUGGAAAUGAACCAGGAUCUGCUGUCGGGGGGCAGCAGCAGCAGGCGGAGUCGGGGGCCCGGGGGUCCGGCAGUGCGAGGUAACGCCUCCUCCACGGCUCGGGCACCCCAGCAGGCGGCGGAGGAUGACGAGGACGAGCACAUGAACCAGGUAGUCGAGGAGGAAGAGCAGCUGCAGCAGAGGCCUGAGGCGUCGCAGGUUGAUGUCGAGACGGAGCAACCGUGGGCACCCGGCGAGUCGGGCACCAGCAACGGCCCUCAGGGACACGAGGAGGGAGCCGGGGAUGAAGAGAGCCUUCCAAACGAAGUGAACGGCGCACAGAAAGGGGCCCGAUGGCUGUGGGGCGGCGAGCAGCGGCGGCCCCAGGGCCAGCCGCUGGGCGAGGAGGAGGAGGAGGAGGAGGAGGAGGAAGAGGAGGAGAACAAUAACAGCAGUAGCCAUCAGGAGGAGGAGGCGGAGGAGAGGACAGAGGGAGGGGAGGAGCAGGGGAGGGAGGAGGAGGAGAGGGAAGAGGGCGAGGAGGAGGAAGAGGAGGAUGAGGACGAGGAGGAGAUGGACCAAAACAGCGACGACUCGGCGGAGAGCGGGAGGGAGGAGGAGGAGGAGGAGGAGGGAGAAGGAGGAGAGGGGGAGGAUGGUUUGCGGUCUCCCUCUCUCAGGAACAAUGUGUCUGCCCCCAACAGUAACCUGGACUCGGGACGAACGCGCCAAAGCUUUUCCCAGAUGAAGAGAAAGUUGGACCCCGAGGUCCGAUCUUUCCCUUCAGGAAAAAAGCCCUGCAAAGACCCAGAGUAUCUGAGCCCGACAGGAAUUGUCCCAUGUCCAGCCACGCCCACCACGUUCGGUCACAUCCGAACGGCCAACAGUCAGGGGCAACAGAGACGACGAAUCACCUCAAUCCAGCCACCGACGGGUCUCCAGGAAUGGCUCCGAACAUUUCAGAGCUGGACUGGCCCAGAGAAGCUGCUGGCGCUGGAUGAGUUGAUCGACAGCUGUGAGCCCACGCAAGUCAAGCAUAUGAUGCAGGUGAUUGAGCCGCAGUUUCAGCGAGACUUCAUCUCCCUGCUGCCCAAAGAGCUGGCUUUGUAUGUGCUGUCAUUCCUGGAACCGAAGGACCUCCUCCAAGCGGCGCAGACGUGCCGCUACUGGCGCAUCCUGGCAGAAGACAACCUGCUGUGGAGGGAGAAAUGCAGGGAAGAGGGUAUUGAUGAGCCUUUGCCCCUGAAGAAGAGGAAAAUUGUCAAGCCCGGCUUCACUCACAGUCCCUGGAAGAGUGCCUACAUCAGGCAGCACAGAAUAGACACUAACUGGAGGAGAGGAGACCUCAAAUCACCCAAGGUGCUGAAAGGCCACGAUGAUCACGUGAUCACCUGCCUCCAGUUCUGUGGCCACCGCAUCGUCAGCGGCUCCGACGACAACACGCUGAAAGUCUGGUCGGCCAUCACAGGAAAGUGUCUGCGGACGUUGGUGGGCCACACAGGGGGUGUGUGGUCAUCCCAGAUGCGGGACAGCAUUAUUAUCAGCGGCUCCACCGAUCGCACACUCAAGGUCUGGAACGCAGAGACGGGAGAAUGUAUCCACACCCUCUAUGGGCAUACCUCAACAGUGCGCUGCAUGCACCUACACGAGAAAAGGGUGGUCAGUGGCUCUCGAGACGCCACGCUGCGUGUCUGGGACAUUGAGACAGGUCAGUGUUUACACGUCCUCAUGGGUCACGUGGCGGCGGUGCGCUGCGUCCAGUACGACGGGCGGCGGGUGGUCAGCGGUGCCUACGACUUCAUGGUCAAAGUGUGGGACCCGGAGACAGAGACCUGCCUCCACACCCUGCAGGGCCACACCAACAGAGUGUACUCAUUACAGUUCGAUGGGAUCCACGUGGUGAGCGGCUCGUUGGAUACGUCCAUAAGGGUCUGGGACGUGGAGACGGGCAACUGCAUCCACACGCUAACCGGGCAUCAGUCCCUCACCAGCGGCAUGGAGCUCAAAGACAACAUCCUGGUCUCAGGCAACGCAGACUCCACUGUCAAGAUCUGGGACAUCAAGACGGGGCAGUGUCUGCAAACACUGCAAGGUCCCCACAAGCACCAGAGCGCCGUCACGUGCCUCCAGUUCAACAAGAACUUUGUCAUCACCAGCUCGGACGACGGCACAGUCAAGCUGUGGGACCUGAAGACGGGCGAGUUCAUCCGCAACCUGGUGACUCUGGAGAGCGGCGGCAGCGGCGGUGUGGUGUGGCGCAUCCGGGCCUCCAACACCAAGCUGGUGUGCGCGGUGGGCAGCCGCAACGGCACGGAGGAGACCAAGCUGCUGGUGCUGGACUUUGACGUGGACAUGAAGUGAGGAGGGAACACGGUGGGGAAGGACGAAAGAACGAGCGCGAGCCACGGAGAGGAAGGAAUAGAGAGGGGACGGGAGAUGAGGGGCCUGGUAAAACGAAGGGCCAACACCCAGAACUCUUCACCCAACCGCCACCGCCGCCACUACUACCAACCACCUGUGGGCUGUCCUGUCCUCUGCCAUCAUCUUCCCACGUCCACCUCCCCCCUCCCUCCCCCCCACAAACCCUUCUCCCCCGUUUCGGGCAAAUGUUACUGACAAAGACCCUCACGUGUUCAGCUCCUGCUUUUGACCCCCUACCACCAGCGCAAGGUGGAGUCGGAGGGGAUCGGGCUGGAAACGGGGCACGGAGGCGGGGAACGCCACCGGUCUGUCCAUCGAUUGGCUGGGAGAAAAAAAAAAAAGAGGAGAAGAAGAAGAAAGGAACGACUGAACUCUUGAAGUGACUCUCCACCGCUCGUGGUUCAGGGCCGUCUUCGCACAGAGACUUGUUUCGCUCAAGACUGACAGAUUUUGAGAUGUACAGAGAUAUAUUAUUUUUUAAAUGUCCCCCACACACACACCUCCCCCCUCCCUCUCCCCUCCCCCCUCCCAUCAGGCCACACACAUACACUCAAACAGCCAACCAGAACGUGGCAACCGUUGUCCGCGGGUAGACGUUGAAGGUGAAUCUCCACACACAGUUACACAUAAAGAGCUGCUCGUUGUCGUGCGGAGGAAGCGAUCGGAGGGGUCAGUCUGUAAUUCUCUCGUCAUUUCCAUUCUUAGCGUCCUCCACUCGGUUUCUGUAGUUUGAUUUCUUUGCAAGAUCGCACACAAACACAACUGUGAAUUUUCAGCAACUUUGGUUGAUCAUAUGAAAGGGGUUUUGUUAAGUUUUUUUUUUCUUUCUUUCUCCUUUCUUCGCUGUUGCCAACGGCAACAAAUCCCAGUAUUAGAAACCCGCCCUGUUUAGGUUUGCUGUCAUUAUGUACUUGAGUUGUUUGUUCUUCCUCUCUGUUUUCCAAAAAACCUGGGUUUGGAGCUUUGUUUCCAAAUAAACAUCAGUGCUGUCCAGAUUUUUUCAGAGUCUAGCUGGGGCGGUUUCCUCAAUGCCAGCGCUGCGACGAGAGCUCCCUUCGCUCCCGGCGCUGUGGAUUAAUUGCCACCGAGCCCCUCAGCUGCUUCCCCUCUACUGUCCCCCUCCCCACCACCACCCCCCCAGAGGCCAAACUGUAUUUAUGCUGCUAGAUGAAUGGAAAAAAAAAAAAAAAAAAAGAUGGAACUGUUAACUUUGCUGUGACGUUUUAGUCCCAGGCGAAAUUCCAAAUUGAACUCUAUAUGUUUGGACUUCAACAAAAGACGACAAAAUAUAACAUCAAACUUUUUUUUGUUUUGUUUGUUUUUGCCACUGAAAACUUGAGCCAAACGUGCCUCUACGAGGCUGAGAGGAGGGAGCGUGUCCGACAGAUACUGACGGGAUCGCCUGCAGAGAGGAAACAGGGGGAUGUACACUGUUGACGAGUGUGUGUGCGUGCGCGUAUGAGUGUGUGUGUGAGCGUGCGCGUGUGUGUGUUAGCGUGUUAAUGGGCAACUUGUAAACACAUUCCUUGGGACAAAGCUCUUUCAGCCUGUUCUUUUGGGAAAUGUACAAAUGCUGUGUGGACUGGCAAAAAAAAAAAAGAAAAAAAAUAGAGGAAAAAAAAAUCUAACUAGCAGAUGUAUCGAUUUUAACACACGAAUGAAAGAACUGUCCAUAUCCGUGUGAGAUUGUUGUUCCAUUCGAAAGGUGUCGGAAGCAACAGAGGAGACCAUCACAAGCAUCACCUCACAGGGCGAGCUGCCGGGGAGUCAUAGUGUUACACGUGUUGCAGUUCAAACCACCGGGGGCGGCCGCGGCCCCGUGGAUUUUUCAGUUAUGGGGGAGGGGAGGGGGGCGGGAGGGGGGUGAAUAAAACCAGAAAGGCGACGUGAACAGAAACAUUGUAGCCAAAACCGUCUCAAUCUCCAAGAGUCACAACUCAAGCUGAACUGUGAAAGUGGUAUAACACUGUAUAUUAAAAGAAAAGAAAAGAAAAAAAAAGAAAACAAUCUUGCUCUAUCUCCUCUUGUUGUUUUCUCCCUCUGUUUUAAUUUAUGAUCUGGUUUGAGAAAUCAGAUUUGUUGCAGGUGUUUUUGUUUUUAUUUUUAUUUUUUUUUUUCAGUUCAUGUAAACUGCCUGGCAAAAGAGAAAACAGACAGAAAAAACCUUAAAGGGAUUGUGUAUUUGUUUGAUUCACUUAGAAUUUUAUUUUCUUAUAACUUAAGUGCAAUAAAAUGUGGGUUUUUUCUUUUUUCAUUUCAAGCAUAUCAGUUGUCUGUUUUUGUUAUCUGUGUGAAGGCAUCUUACAUGUUCAAUAAAGCAAAUUAUUUGGUUAAUUACA